UGUGGGUAAGGUAGUAGGGAUGGUAUGUGGUGGACGAGAUGUCGUGGUUGGUGGGGUGGCACUCUAUACUGCUGCGCUGUCAUCCAUCCAUCAGCCAACUACAUACACAAUUCACGUUCCACAUUCCUCAGAUCGGACUUAACACAACCGUUCCCUAGUAAUUAUCCUAAAACAAGCUCAUCUCCAACAAUCCCACCUGGUAAACACGGGGGAAUCAAAACACCCAAACCAACAAUAACUCCUCAUCAAACCCGACAUCCUAUCCUACCCGACCAUUGUCAAGGCCAGCCCCUAGGUGGGCUUCUAGGGCGGUGGCCCCCUGCCAACUGCACCAUUCAGCAAAAGACUGGGAUUCUGAGCCACUACGCUCAGCUGCGCAUCCCUUAUAAGCUUGCUACUAGGUAGUAGUAGCUGCCGUCACAGCCAUC